GUACCGUAAGAACAAGAAUCGAGCGCGAAGAAAUCAAAUUGGUUUACACUAGCUCGUAAAAAAGAUAUUGGAUAUUGGACCUAUUGUAUACGCGGCCUGUUUUUAAGGAGUGUUACAAUGACUCUUUCCGUGAAGCAGUAUGUCUUGAUCUUUGGGAUGCUUUUUUCUGGCACUAUAAACACAAUUUCCAAGAAGGUUCAGCUUGACUGCAUUGCAAAUGGCUACUUCAAUCACUCAGCAAAUAAUACGCGUUCUCCACACUAUUUCUACAAACCAUGGUUUCAGACCUUACUUAUGUUUUUUGGGGAGGCUUUCUGCAUUAUUGCUUUUAUGGCAAUGAGAAUUAGAAAAAAAAGACGUCUCGCAUCAUAUAAUUACAGUACUAGCCUCAUGGAACCAAGAGGUCGAAGCCUAGUAAACACACCUGUUUUUAAUUGGAUUUUUAUAUUGCCAACGUGCUGUGAUCUGCUUGGUUCGACAUUGGCAGGUAUUGGUCUUCUGUAUAUCGAUGCAUCUAUCUGGCAAAUGUUACGUGGGUCACUUAUAGUAUUUGCUGGUAUUCUUUCCGUUAUCUUUCUCAAACGGCGUUUACGUUACUUUCAAUGGACUGGAAUUUUGAUCACUGUGUUUGGAUUAGCUCUUGUUGGUUCAAAGUCAGUAUUCAGUAAAAAUUCAGUCAAAACAACUACUUUACAAUCAGUAAUAGGACUGACAUUAGUUCUGGCUGGUUCAUUGACUUCUGCUGCACAAAUGGUAAUCGAAGAGAUAUUUCUGAAAAAACGUGGUUUCCAUCCUUUACAAGCUGUUGGUAUGGAAGGAAUUUUUGGAUGCAUCUUAAUGUGUGGUAUUGUACUUCCAAUUGUACAUUUUAUUCCUGGCAAUGAUUUAAAUGGAUCAUAUGAAAAUGUGAUCGAUGCAAUUUAUCAAAUUGGAAAUAAUUAUAUUCUCUUAGGAAAUUGUAUCUUAUACAUAUUUUCUAUUGCAAUAUUUAAUUAUUGUGGUCUGUCGAUUGCUCGAAGUCUUAGUUAUAAUAAAGAAUUUACGAAAUUUACAAUCAAAAUUCAUCGUAUGGGAGUUAAUCAGUCAAUUAUCUAUAAUAUAGAAUCUGAUAUUUGUGUACAUCGAUUGAAGUAG